AUGUCAGAAACCAAGUCUUCCACCGAUGAAAAGGGUAUUAGCAACCCCUCUGGUCAAGAAAAUGAUCAUGAUGAUGAUGCACCAUCGGCAUCAGUGGAUUCUAUUUCCCAAAUAACAUCCAUAGAUUCAUCUGCGGCAGAUACGCAGAGUAGUUUAGAAGUAAAAGCUUUUGUUCCUAAUCCCGAAACAAGCAGUGCCACCAGAAGGAAGUCCAGUUGGUUCGGAAGACUCUCAACCCGAACGGAUUCUUUCUUCACUACUCAUGAAGAAAUCCCUCCGUCAAUUGCACUGAAUCUUAUUGAUGAGGAUAUAGCCCGAGACCAUGGAGAUUGGUUUGGUGGUACUGGGUUCCAAAGGUGUCUUACACGAGAUAAAACCGAUGUAGAGUCCACACUUGGUCCUCUUGACUUACCACCGGGGGAGCUGAAACCAGACCUUCUGAAUGAACAACCAAGCUCCUUGUUACCACCCCCGGUUAGAAGGAAGUCAACCAUUGCAACGAUGACGCAAGAAACCGCCCGGAAACUUGGAUUCUGGGAUGAAGAGUUCCAGAAAUGGAGAAUGGUUAUGGUCUUCAGUUUCCUCAAGAAUUAUGUAAUUAUCAUUUUGGGGUUCACCAUAGCAUUGUCGAUAUAUUGGGGGUCAUUUUAUAACCGAUCCAAUUAUUAUCACCGACUUAAGUUUGCAGUGAUUCUGGGUGAAGAUAACAGCAGCAAUAUUCCUCCGGUACUUUCUAGUACGGUAGAAGCGCUCAUUAAUAAUGUACCUCAGCUUCACCAAUACGGUACGUUUUCCAUAGUGAAUUACACCACAAUCAAUGCAAAGGCUGCACAGCACAAUAGAAACAUAACUGAACAAGUGGUUUGGGAAAUGCAGCACCAUAAGUACUGGGCCAUCUUCUAUAUUAAGCCCAAUGCAACUCUCAAUUGGUACACGGCUUUGGCAUCAGCAACACCCAUGGACAUUUCAACCUCGUUGAUGAGCCUAUAUAUCUCGACUGGGAAUGACUAUAACGCCUAUAAUAAUGUUGUUCGCUCAAUUAUUAUGGCGUUCUUUAGUAUCUGGUACUCCUUUGUCUCCAAGAGUAACUUAACUUUCAACAUGGCCAGUAUGCUAAACUCUACCCAGACAGAAACUGUCAUUGAGAAUGCUCCUGGUUUGUUAACCACUGUCCCCAGUUUUGAACUCAUUGAUUUACACCCAGUCAUAAAGCAAGUGUACCAGGGCCCAUUGCAGCUCGGGUUAAUUUAUUUGGUGACCUUCACCUUUUUCCAGUACUUGUUCUCUAAGGAGAUCCAAGCAUUCACGGCUCAAAGAUUAAAGGGAGUUCAAUAUAUGAUUGCCAGAGUAGCCAUUUCCCAGGCUGCUUACGUCGUCAUCGGCUUGUCGUACACCCUUUUGAACAGGGCCUUUGGAAUAAAUUACAAUCAUGCCUUUGGUAGAGCAGGCUUCUUGGUUGUUUGGGGUUUAGCUUCGUUAACAUGUUCUGCAGUUGGAAGUGUGGUUGAAUUAUUUGGAGUCAUUGCUGUUACUUUCAAUCCUGCUUUUGUUGGUUUCGUUUUAUUGGGGAAUGUGGUAGUUAAUCUUACACCCGUGGUUUCUCCUCCUAUCAUUUGUAAUGCAUUUUAUCGGUAUGGCUAUGCUAUGCCCAUUUAUGCCUCUUAUAAGUUGAUGCUGAUGGUAUACUUCAAUACCAAUCGUUCAGACAUGGGCCUUUAUAUAGGUAUUCUCUGUGCUUGGGUGGCAGUGACAAAUUCUUUGGCACCGUUUAUCUUACGAUAUGUUUCCAAAGUAGCUUCCAGAAAACAAGCAGAAGCUAAUAAAACCUAA